UUUAAUCACUGGAGUGUUAUGGAUUACUUUUAUGCUGCUUUUAUCUGCUAUUUGGACCUUCAGAAUUCUGGUCACCAUUCACUUGUAUGGACAGUGAGAGCAAUACAAAUCUUUGUGUUCUGCAGAAGAAAGUUGGACACAUCUGGGAUGGCAUGACGGUGAGUAAAUGAGAAUUUUCACUUUUGGGUGAUCUAUACCUUCAUUAAGAUGGGUUUUAUAUUCGAUUGUAUUGUUAUUUUCCUUUCUGAGGUAACUCAUAGGCGUUGCAGAAGUUUUGUAGGCAUUUUAACAGGAUAGUAAAGCUUCUGGGGAAUUUAUUUUCCCAAAUAUAUUUAUUCAUCUAGUAAAUUACAUAAAGUAGUAAGAUUGGAAAACUUUAAAUAUUGGCCUGCAAGCAAUUUUAUCAGUCAUUUUCAGGCUCAGCUAAAUUUGAAUCAUCGGGGAUAACCCCAUACUUUACCCUAGCACCAGAACGCGGCCAAUAGCUAUUUGUUUUACAAAAGACGUUUUGUCAUUCGGCGACCAAUCACGAGUCUUGUUUCACAGAUUAUACCCCACUUCGAUCAUGACUGGUGUGUUUGUACACGCUCUGUACCUUAGCAGCAGAAAUUAGCCAAUCACGACACGGACAACGCCCAUUUUUGUCAGGUUUGUGUGUUUGACAGCCAAUCGUAUGUUUCAUCUUAAGGCUUUUCUCCACGCCUCCAUUUAUGACGUGAUUGUGUCGCAGGGCGGGGUUUCCAUUUUCACUGCGAGUUUCGUGGAACAGAUAUGGAACCGGAGAUGGAGGACAAAACCUUGGAGCUGAUGAACACCUCUGUCAUGGAUUUGCAGACUGCAGACCGCUCCCCAAAGAUCACCACAGUGUUUAAGCCUACCUAUCUCUGUCCUCAGGUGAGUAAUGGACUGCUAACGGGCUCCAGGAAGCGGCCGUCUGAAGGAAAUUAUGAGAAGGAGAAGGACGUGUGCAUCCAGCUUUUUGAUCAGUGGUCUGAGUCAGACCAGGUGGAGUUUGUGGAACACCUGAUCUCACGCAUGUGCCAUUACCAACACGGCCACAUAAACUCCUACCUCAAACCCAUGCUCCAAAGGGACUUCAUUACAGCACUGCCAGCUCAGGGUCUGGAUCAUAUAGCGGAAAACAUCCUGUCUUUCCUGGACGCACGCUCACUGUGUUCAGCAGAGCUGGUGUGUAAGGAAUGGCAGCGCGUUAUUUCUGAGGGGAUGUUGUGGAAGAAGCUGAUUGAGCGGAUGGUUCGGACAGAUCCGCUAUGGAAAGGCCUCUCAGAGAGACACCAGUGGGAAAAAUACCUGUUCAAGAACCGCACAACAGAAGUUCCUCCGAACUCAUACUAUCGCUCUCUUUAUCCAAAAAUCAUUCAAGACAUUGAGACCAUCGAGGCAAACUGGAGAUGUGGCCGACAUAACCUGCAAAGGAUUCAGUGUAGAUCGGAGAACAGCAAAGGUGUUUACUGCCUCCAGUACGACGAUGAAAAGAUCAUCAGCGGUCUACGAGAUAACUCCAUCAAGAUAUGGGACAAACAGACUCUGGAGUGUUUGAAGAUCCUGACGGGGCACACGGGCUCCGUGCUGUGUCUGCAAUACGAUGAGAGAGUCAUUGUUACCGGCUCCUCUGAUUCCACUGUCAGAGUGUGGGAUGUGAACUCGGGAGAAGUUCUGAACACUUUGAUCCAUCACAACGAGGCUGUACUCCACCUGCGGUUCUGCAACGGGCUGAUGGUGACCUGCUCGAAGGAUCGCUCCAUCGCCGUGUGGGACAUGGCCUCUCCCACGGACAUCAGCCUUCGCCGUGUCCUUGUUGGCCACAGGGCUGCCGUCAAUGUGGUCGAUUUUGACGACAAGUACAUUGUCUCCGCCUCUGGGGAUCGGACCAUAAAGGUGUGGAGUACGAGCACCUGCGAGUUUGUUCGGACGCUGAACGGUCACAAGAGAGGAAUUGCCUGCCUGCAGUACAGAGACAGACUUGUGGUCAGCGGCUCAUCGGACAACACCAUCAGGCUGUGGGAUAUCGAGUGUGGAGCAUGUUUGCGGGUUUUGGAAGGGCACGAGGAGCUUGUUCGCUGCAUUCGCUUUGAUAACAAGCGGAUUGUGAGUGGAGCGUAUGACGGUAAAAUUAAAGUAUGGGACCUGCAAGCUGCACUUGAUCCGCGAGCCCCAGCCAGCACUCUGUGUCUGCGUACACUUGUGGAACAUUCUGGCCGAGUGUUCCGGCUCCAGUUUGACGAGUUCCAGAUCAUCAGCAGUUCCCAUGAUGACACUAUCCUUAUCUGGGAUUUCCUGAAUGUGUCGACCAAUGGACAGACAGAAGGACGAUCACCGUCCCGCACAUAUACCUACAUAUCCAGAUAGCAGGGAAGCCCUGGUGGCAUGCGGAGUGUGUGUGUGUGAGUGUGUGUGGGGACUGUUCGGCUGAUCCAGUCUCUGUGGAAGUGUGCCAGGAUCAAAGGUCGAAGAAUGCAACCACCAACCCUCCCCUUCACCCUCCUCUCUCCAUCUGUCCAUUUGAUUUCUCCCCCUCUUCUGUCGUUCCGAGGGCCUCCCCCAUCACACAAACCGAAUCGGUUCUCAUUCUCCCUCUCUUGGAGGAGGUGGAGAAAAGAUGGAGAGAGCGAUGCCAUGAAGCAGGGAACGUGAGGGUGGGUGUGGAGCCUGCCCCCACAUACAGAGUGACGGCUGCCCCGGCUCCGCCCCCUGGGCCCAUGAACUCUAUCUGUCUUUUUAUUUUUUAUUGACAUAAAGAAGAAAAGAAAAACUAAAGGGAGAAGGCAAGGUCUGAGAAGACCUGGAGCGCUUUCCUAACCCCAGGACUGUUCUGCAUGAAUGAGUGAGAGAUGGGACAUAUUGUGUGCUGGUCAACCCCUGGUUUCUGUCUUGUUUUAUUUUUUUUUUGUUUUUUUAAUGCUUUUCCUCUUUUGGAAAAUUCUUUUUGAAAAGUUGGGAAAUUGACUUCACUUUUGCUUUUCAUGUGAAAUCGUAUGAACAAUUGUAGUUUUUUUUUUUUUUUUUUUUUUACUCUUUCCUGAUAUGUCCCGCCAUUUCUCAGUUUAGCGCUGUCCUUCUCCUCUCCGUCUCGUACCCCUAUCACUGUCUGCUCGUCUAGGUUCUGAAUGAUCCAUAAAUGAUCUGAAUUUAGUUGUAAACAGAAUUGUCUUGUCUAAAAUGUUGUUGUAUAUUGAAAAGAUUUUUUUAAAGAAAAAAAACAUUAUUAAUAAGAAUAAAGUACUUGACUGUGAAGGAGUGUUAAGAAGCUUACACAAGCACAUGGU